AUGGCAAUUGGAGAUGAUGUGAAUGUCACUACCGCUGAUACAAGUGAUGGCACAGCUGCUACUGUCAAUAUUCCCACAAUUGAUCACAAUCAUCCUCUCUUCCUUCAACCAACGUAUACUCUAGGUAGUACUCUGAUUUCUCUUCAAUUAAUUGGAUCAGAUAACUACGCUUUGUGGAGUAGAUCUAUAAGGAUUGGUUUGCUAGGCAAGAGUAAACUAGGUUUUGUGGACGAACGAUUUCCUAAAUCAAAAUUUGCACCUGAACUGUAUGAUCAAUGGGAGAAAGUCAAUGUUGUAGUUCUCUCAUGGAUUAUGAAUGCAGUUAGACCAGGCCUAUUAAGUAGUGUAGUGUAUGCAUCUGAUGCUCACAAAGUGUGGGAGGAUCUAAAGGAGAGAUUUGAUAAAGUGAAUGAGUCAAGAGUUCUCUAUCUCCAUAGAGAAAUUCAUACAUUGACUCAAGGAACCAUGACCAUAUUUGAUUACAUUUUGAAACUGAGGGAUCUGUGGUAUGAGUUUGAUGCUCUUAUGCCCUACCCUGGUUGUCCAUGUCCAGAAUUGAAGAAGUAUGCUCAGCACUUUGAACAACACAGGCUUCUGCAAUUUCUUAUGGGCCUAAAUGAGUCAUACUCACAGUCCAGAAACCAAAUUAUGAUUAUGUCCCCAAUUCUUAGCAUCAACAAGGCCUACUCUCUACUGGUGGAUCAGGAAAGUCAAAGGAGUUCGGCAAAUUUCUCGCACGUAGCUCAAGUGUCUGAGACAAUGGAGAGUACUGCUCUUUACAGUAAUAGAACCUCUAUUAACUCAGGAGCUGAUUCUAAACCUAAGAAGAAAGGAGGAACCCCUGGUCCAUAUGCUAAUCAUGCUAGUGCUGAUGUCAAUCAGCAUGGAGAAGGGCCACAGAUGCAGGCUGGAGUUCAACAUCCUCCACCACCUUCACCCUAUCUCACACAACAACAAUAUCAACAGAUUGUCCAGCUACUCAACAAAAGUGCUGAGGAGGGAUCCUCUUCCAAGGCUGCUGCUGCAGGAAAUGUAGUGACAGUAUCACACUCAGGAAAUACUACAGUACUUAAAGACCAUAAUAUUAGUGAUGUGUUGUUUAUACCUGACUUUAAGUACACUCUAUUGUCCGUUUCUCAACUUACCAAGGAAUUACAGUGCUUAGUGGCAUUCUUCCCUGAUUUCUGCAUAUUUCAGGACCUCUACAAUGGUCAUGUGCUGGGGAUUGGUAAGGAAGAGCAUGGACUCUAUCUGCUGAAAGGGAACUCAUUCCAGAAAUCACAACUGUUAAAUAAAUGUGCACACACAGCCAACCUUAGUUCUGAGUCUAUUAGUGAUGAAUCUACUCACCUAUGGCAUCUCAGAUUAGGACAUGCUCCUAUUGAUGUAAUCAAAAGGCAUGAUAUACUUAGAGCAUUGAAAAAUGUAGGUUCAUAUCAUUGUACGGUGUGCCCUGUAGCAAAGCAAUCACAAUUACCUUUUCAGUUGAGUACUACAGCUACUAAAUCAAUAUUUGAACUGCUACAUUGUGAUAUCUGGGGGCCCUAUAGGAAUGGAGUGGUAGAGAGAAAACACAGAACAAUCCUUGAAAUGGCCAGAUCACUCAAGUUUCAAGCAGCUUUUCCUCUAAAGUUCUGGGGUGAAUGUGUUAGCACUGCAGUUUACCUUAUUAACAGGCUACCUUCCAGAGUGUUACAUAAAAAACCCUUUGAAAUGCUUUAUUUGCAUCCUCCUUCUCUCACACACCUUAGAGUCUUUGGGUGUUUCUGCUAUGCAUCCAGUCCAAAGGAGAAUGAUAAGUUUGCACCAAGAGCUCUUCCUGCAGUCUUGCUAGCUGGAGAGGUCUACUCACAAGAUGCUUCCUCACAUCCUUCUGCUCCUUGUCAAGAACUACCUUAUGCCAUUGCUUAUGUCCCUAAUGAAGAACAUCAGUAUAGUGCCACUUCCUCACCUACUGAGUUUAAUGCUCCAACCUCAGAUUCUCAUGAUCAACCUUCUGAGACUCCACCUCCUCAGGAGUUAAGAAAGUCCACUAGAGAAAGGAAGCAACCUGCCUAG